GCGCUGGGAGGGGUCCUCAGGGGUCUCCGUUUUGAGGUGUCUGUGCUGGAGAGGAAACCCGGGGUCCUUGGACCCCCAAUUUGCGCUGUCUGUGCUUGAGAAGGAACCUGGGGGGUUCCCUGGGACCCCCAAUUUGUGCUGAAGGUCCCCUCCAGCAGCAACAUCUGGGAGCUACAGGGGGCUGAGCUGGAGCUGCCAACGCGGGGGUCCCACAGGAGGAGCUGAUGGGGACCCCCCCGCCCCGGUGGGGCUCCGGUGACACCCCCGUGGUGGCGGGGGAAGCCGCCCCUCGGCACGCGGGGUCUUGGAGCCGGUGGAAUUGCGGAGUGUGGGAACCGGGAUGUCCCCGCGGAAUUCCUGGGAUUCAAUCGUGCAGGGGCGGCCGCGCUGCUCCCCGGCAUUGCUGGGAUUCAAUCCCACUGAACGGGCGGAUUGUCCCGGGGCUGGCCGCGGCUCCCCGGCUCCCCUCGGCCUCUCCAGCCCCCGGGGGAUGCGCGGGGAGCUGCAGGAAGGGCAGGGACUGGGGAGCGGUGAAGGGCAGGAAUUUGGGAGCACCGGGACCCUGAGCGGUGAAGGGCAGGAAUUUGGGAGCACCGGGACCCUGAGCGGUGAAGGGCAGGAAUUUGGGAGCACCGGGACCCCUGAGCGGUGAGCUCAGCCCGCACCGGAGGACCGGGUGAGUUUUCUGGAGCUCGGUGGGCUGCGGCCGGCUCCUGGCUGCCUGCCGGCGCCCGAGCAACCCAGCUGGGGUGGGAAGGGAGUCCUUAAGCACCGGCCCAGCCAGUAUCGCCGAUCCCAAACCCCGCGAGGAACCAGUUGGGAACCGGUCCUGCAAUGAGGUGCUCUGGAUGCAGGGCCCGUCGCCGGCUGGGGUGGCUAUAAAAGGGAGCGCCGGGACGCGCGCCCGGCUCUCGGCUCUGCCUCUCGGCGAUGUGGGGUGGCUCCUGCGCCGUCUGGAAGAGGAGGUUCAGCUGCUAUGGUCCCUGGGAGUCGGCCGAGAGCUGCAUCGUGCGCACCUCCGCCAGCGUCUACCGCCGGCUGCAGGAGAGCCCGCGGCAGCCCCCGCGGGCCAUGAGCACCCGGGGACCCCCCCCGCCGCCACCGCAGCCCCCCAGCAGCCCCCCGGCCGUCGGGAGGUUCCUCAAGUUCGAAUCCGAGGACUCCGGCGUGGAGAUGGCCAGCAACGAGCACUCGCCCUCCACCCCGCUGGGCUCCGAGAGCAGCUUCUCCCUGGACGCUUUCCCGGCCGAGAAGACCCCCGGGGAGGAGCCCCCGCGGAGCCCCCGGAGCCGCUCGGCCAGCAGGAGGCUGCUGCAGGCGGCGCAGCGGAGCCGGAGGCAGCGCGGGCCGCGACAGCUCAGCCGGCGCAGCCACAGCGCCGCCGACCUGGCGGAGCCCCCGCGGGACCCCCAGGAACCCGAGGGAGCGGCGGCGGCUGCGGCUGGGGGGGCUCGGCUGCCGGGCAGCCCUCGGGACCCCCGGGCCGUGCCCGAGGCCGCGGUGUCGGGGCAGGGGCUGCGCUACCUGGAGCACGUGUGCCAGAUGCUGGAGCGCCUGGCGCGGCUGCAGCAGGACAACCGCGCCCUGCGGCAGCGGCAGCGGGCGGCCGGAGCCCCCCGCCCGGCCACCCUGCCCGCCCGGCAGCCUCCGAGGCAGGACUUGGGCACGUGGAGGGGCGAGGGGUUCCGGCCGCGCUCCUGCUCGGACAGCCACGCACCAGCUGAGCCCGGGCCGUGCCGGAGGAUGUGGGGACACUCCGUCAGCUCCCCCAGCCUGCUGGACCCCUCCGAGGGCGGGGCGGGGGUCCCGGCGCCGGACAAGGUACGGCCGGGGGGUGUCGGGGUGUGGCGGGUGGGGGUCCCGCGGGUCCCCCCCGCUGACCCCGCCUCUCCCAGCAGGACGGGCGCUCGCACUGGGGCCGGGUGAAGGUGCUGCUCACCCGCCUGACCCGCCGCUCCCUGCGGGGCGGCCGGUGCAGGUAGGACGGGGCGGGUCCCGCUCCCACCGCCACCCCUGGAUGGAGGAACCGCAUCACCCCUCACUGACCCUGUGACCUCACGCCCGCCCGGGGCCGGCCCCCGGCCCGGCGCCCCCCUUCACCUGUUCUCCUUUCCCCAAUAAAGUCAUUUCACCGAUAAACAGGCGGCUCUCGGCGAGGUGCUUGCUGUCGCGCCGUGACGUCACACUCCUAAUCCCGGCGUGACGUCACGCGAGUACACGUCACUGCCGCAUCACUUCCGACGGCUUUUCCGCCCCUUUUGUCCCACCGGGCCCGGUCCCAUGGACGGUUCCGUGG